AUGGCGGAGCCGCCUGUACCCGCUUCAUUCGACGAUUCUGGGUUCUUGCAGAACCUCUCGCUGUGGACCGCUCACCAACUGCACCACGCCGUCAACGUGACGAAGCUCGCCCCUUCCAUCGAGGACCUGCUAUGGGCUGGCCCGAGAAUGCUUAAAAGGCUCACAGCAUAUAUACCACUCCCCGACUCACUCGACGCCCUUGGUCCGAGCAUAAUUCCUGAAGCAACAGAACCCGGAAUACAUCACACUACCCACGCCGCUGCAACUGCUGCCCACAGCAUGAAUAUACCCCCUCCUGUGGGACACUCCCAUGGGUUUGGGACUGCAACCGGUCCUGCUAUCCUGGCGGAUCACGAUCCUGGAAUCGCAAGUCCCAAGUUCACCAUGGAAGGCGCCAAGGGUCUCGGUAGCGUUUUCAGCUACGCGACAAGCAAAUGGGCCCUUUGCUGUAUCGCCAUGGCCAUUGUUCUCAAUCGCACUCAUAUCUUUGCCGCUACGAGGCGCCGACUGCGUCUGACUUUGCCUGUCCGUCUCCUUCUGCGCAGCCUCCCUAUCUUGUUAUUCCUGAUCCAAGCGCGCGGCCUUCUUCGCUCCAUGCAGUGCCAGACAUCCCCCGACUUCGCCGAAAUGCGCUGGGGGAAUACAAACAAAAGCUCCGAGUUGAUGUUCACACAAGCCGGUGGCUUCCUUCACACCAUGAGCUCCACGCUUCUGCUUGGGGCGUCCGACGAGGAGUCAUGUGUGGCGGUUGGCAUGGUGCCCACGGAUGAAGCCGACCCAACACAGGAGUUGCGAGGUUCGUUAUCGUUGCUGUGGCCGCUGUUCGGGACAUUCUGCCUCAGCCAAUUUCUCGAAACCGUGUCGUGUGCCGUCCAGGGUCGUCCAGUGUCAGCUGAGACCGGCAUGACGCUUUUCGAGCACUCCCUCGCUUUCGCCGAAGCCGACGCCGCGAUCAGCAAUCAACUCGGCUGGGGGUUAUUCACGCAGUCACAAGCGACGGAAAUGAAUUCGAAUCCCAGCAGCAGUAUUGCUAUAAGCCGCUCCAUGAUACUCCGAAGGGUCAACACGCCUCCCGAAGUGCUAUUGGUGGCUUUCUUGUCGACUAUGAGCCAUGUUACGAGCCAUGUGCUAGGUGUUUUCAACCUGCAAUCCAAGUUCCGCCUCGUCAGCACCGGUUUUUGGGGGCUAUGUUUCAUGGCAAGCAUCCUCUACAGCGCUGUGACUUUUUCUCUGGACGACCCGGCAAAGCAGGGGCUUCUCAGGUUCCCCACGGUGUGCAUCAUCGGCUUCAUUCCUCAUGUUCUCGUUCUCGGUGGCAUACUCGUCUGUUUCUUCAUUUACCUGCUUGCGCUGGGCUUGGCUGCUCUCACCACAGCGGAAGGAACUGCCGGCCAACGCCUCACCCUUCGAGAGCGACUAGCUCAAGCCCACGGAAAUAUGCAGGCUAACCUUUCCCUGUCAGACAUUCGCAUAAGCAUGGAGAUGGACUUUUAUACUGCCUUGCUGCGAACCGGAUUCGGCGCGAUCACGAUGGCCAGCGAAGCUGUUUACCUAAACGAGGAUCGGGAUGUCAAUUUGAGGCAGCACACGUGGCUCGAGGAGGAGAGGUUUCGAGAGCUUGAGGAUCUACGCGCACAAUGGACUGGAGCUAACACCUCCGACUCUCAGUACGACAACAUCGGCACUAUUGGAUUAGUUCCUGUCAAGGACGAUCAGUUGAUGACGACAAAUGGAUACGCACGCGAACGGGCUGCGCAGAAGGUUCCCAAGUCCCGUUCGGGUGAACGGAGGAUGAGAGAUGGUGUUGGUGCUGCGGAAAGAAGUGGAAGGUGGCUCAUGGCAUUGGACUUUCUCAUGAACAUCAACAGGCUCAUAUUUCGAGCGUGGGCCACUGCUGCUCUCAAAAUCAUUUCCAAAGUGGGCUUUCGGCCACCGCAGUUUCUGCAAUGGAUAGCUCGCCGGCCAAAGGUUACAAACGACGCCGGCAAUGCCAAACGAGACGACGGUGGGUCUCGUCUGGAUGCUCCUGCUGUCCCUGUGGAAUCUAGCAUGGAAAUCCCGAUAAACGAGGCUGUUGACGUGGAGACCGAGUUCAGGCAGCAGGCAUGGAGGCUAAACAAAAGCUGGGCGCCCCUCGACGAGGCCGACCUGGAUUCGCGACUCUACGGUUGGUGGCUUAAGGGCGGUUACUGGGGCUCUACGGAUAACAGCGGCGAAUACGAACCGGAAGCAUCCAACGACGAUGAUACAACGAGUGUCAUCUCAUUCGACCCUCAUACCGACAGCGAUUGGGAGUCGGAAGAGGAGGGCCAGAGAACGCCGACACAGUCCAAGUCCUGGGUCUCUCGGGAAGCCACGCCAACACCGGAUGAUUCGCUUCAGCUGUCAGAUCUGGCCCGUUUGCUGCACCCUAGCAACCCCGAAGAGAGAGAAGAGGCGCAUACGCUGGCUGCACACCUGAGCAGUGACGGAAUCAUGACUCGGUCGCAGUUCAGGAGGUCGCAGCAGCUGCAAAGGACAAGAAUCUUGCAUCCAGUUGGACGAGCGAGCCGUAUCAUCUCCCGGCCCAGUCGAAUGACCCCUGACGAGGAGGCUCAGCGCCUGGAGCAGCUCCUGUUGUCCCGUCGCAUGCACACCUCCAGGGCGUUGAACGGCGAGUCGACAUGGGCAGAGGGAGCGGCGGGUCUGGGCCCUGACGGUCCUCAGUGUGUUGUCUGCCAGAGCUCUCCGAGGACGAUCAUUGUAUGGCCGUGUCGGUGUCUUAGUCUCUGCGACGAUUGCCGUGUGUCAUUGGCGAUGAAUAACUUCGACAAGUGUGUUUGCUGCCGUCGAGAAGUCAUAAGCUUUAGUCGAAUCUACGUGCCUUGA